AUGCCCAUCCCGGGUCUCAGCGGUAUCACUGACGAGGAUCUCUUUGUGACACUGAAUCUCUGCCUCUGCGGCUGGGCUAUACUUGCACUGCCCCCGAGUUGGCGUCCAGCACGCUGGGACUCCUCCGUUCUCGCCCUGAGCGCCGCUUUCGCAUCUCUCUACACAGCCACUUUGGUGCACGCCGUCUACUUCGAACGAGGGGCCGUGCCUGAAGGGAGCGGUUUCGGCAGCCUCGACGGCGUAGUCAAUCUCUUCAAGUCCAGAACAGUAGUGUUCAGCGGCUGGGUGCAUUACAUCUCCCUAGAUCUGCUAGCGGGGCUCUAUAUCGCGAAAGACGCAGAGAGGGCUCGAGUUCCUCACCUCGUUGUCUUGGUGUGCCUCCCUCUGACUCUCUUCGCGGGGCCACCAAGAGGUGUUGAGCUGGGUCUUCACAUGGAAGUCACGGUGGCACGACUCCUGACGUUCUACGGUAUCGCAACCACCCUCUGCGCGAUGAUGGUAGUUUGGGUGACAUUUGCUCCAGGAUCGUGCACAACCUCUUUCAUCGCAGCAAAAACAACCCGGAAAGGCUUGCAUGACGUUUACGAAGACAAGUUAGAUUCAUGGUCUCGGGUGGUGCCUCAUUCACUCGUCACCAAAUAUCGAGAGAAUGGGCUGGUUUGCAUGCUGCAUGUCUUACCCUCUGUGCUGUGGAGCGGGCUCGUGCCUUUGCAGUUGAAUCAAUGGAUCCGAAAGCAUCGUCCUCGACUGCAUCGAAGAGUUGGCCGGAUUUUAAUUGCCGUAAGCGCGUCGAUGACCGUAGGGUACGUGCUGAUUCACGUUCGAGGUCUUCACUUCCACACAAACGACUUCUCGACAUUGAAGCAGGGCGAGGGGCUCUCGGUGUUGGCACCUUGGUUCUGGCCUUUUCUGGGUAGGUGUAUGCAUACCUGGACUUUUGGGAUGACGGGUUCCAAAGAUCCAGCGGCGUUUGCUUUUGUCACGUUUGAGACAUGCGCGGCUGUUUACUGGUUGGUCACUGCCGGCGUGGCCGGGUACUACGCUCGGAAAGGAAGGGGAAACACAACGGUUGCGCAGAAGAUAUACAUUUUCCGUCAUCGUUCCUGGGCAAUCAGACAUGUUGCUGCGGGUUUAUCCGUAGCCACACAGAGGGUUUUUAUAGGCGCUUCUCAUGGGUGGUGUCGGUAUCACUCUUUGAGAUGUGAGGACGCAGCUUCACAGAAAGGUAUAUUUGCAGACUCUUUGACCCUGGGUGUUUUGACGUGUUUGACCCUGGGUGAAAUUGCGAUCCGGGACUCGCGCUCGAAGGUAGCACUAGACAUGCGCUCGAAGGCAGACUGA